AUAAUAUGUGUAUGUUUUGUUAGUCUAGGUCAGUCAGCAUUGCAUUUGUCUGUUGUGUUUGGCGCGUGCGCUCUCAAAGCCCAUCAGCUCUUAACCAAACAGCCAUGUUGAGUCUCUGAGACAGAAAUGACUCAAUAUCCCAAUGAAAUAAGGAUAUUUAUCCCCACGACGGGCUGGACAUAAGCGCAUCAGCACUGCGAUCAUCGACCAGCCAUCCAGAGGUGCUUCCAUCUUCUGUGGCCGUCAGCAAGACAGCUUGUGUUUUCCCAUCUGAUUUUUAAUUCGCAGCAUAAACGCAGUGUCAAACUGUGUGUCAUGUCAGGACCUGUGCCGAGUCGUGCCAGAGUCUACACUGAGGUGAACACACACCGGCCCAGAGAAUACUGGGACUAUGAAUCACAUCUUAUUGAGUGGGGCAAUCAAGAUGAUUUUCAACUGGUCCGCAAGUUAGGCAGAGGAAAGUACAGUGAAGUGUUUGAAGCAAUCAACAUCACCAACAAUGAGAAAGUAGUGGUGAAGAUACUAAAGCCUGUGAAGAAGAAGAAGAUAAAGCGUGAAAUAACGAUUCUUGAGAACCUUCGAGGAGGUCCAAAUAUCAUCUCUCUCCUCGACAUCGUCAAAGACCCUGUGUCCAGAACACCUGCCUUAGUUUUUGAACAUGUGAACAACACAGACUUUAAGCAACUGUAUCAGACACUGACAGACUAUGACAUUCGCUUCUACAUGUUUGAGAUUCUGAAGGCAUUGGAUUUCUGUCACAGUAUGGGCAUUAUGCACAGAGACGUCAAACCACACAACAUCAUGAUUGAUCAUGAGCACAGAAAGUUGCGUCUUAUUGACUGGGGACUGGCUGAAUUCUAUCACCCAGGACAGGAGUACAACAUCAGAGUCGCCUCUCGCUACUUCAAAGGCCCAGAACUACUGAUCGAUUACCAGAUGUAUGACUACAGUCUUGAUAUGUGGAGUCUUGGCUGUAUGCUGGCCAGUAUGAUCUUUAGAAAGGAGCCAUUUUUCCAUGGACAUGAUAACUACGACCAGCUGGUGAGAAUUGCCAAAGUUCUUGGAACAGAAGAUCUUUAUGAUUGCAUUGAUAAAUACAACAUUGAGCUGGAGCCUCGAUUUAAUGACAUUCUGGGAAGACAUUCCCGUAAGCGAUGGGAGCGGUUCGUUCACAGUGAAAACCAACACUUGGUCAGUCCUGAAGCUCUUGACUUUCUGGACAAGUUGUUGCGUUACGACCAUCAGACCAGACUGACUGCGAGAGAGGCCAUGGAUCAUGCCUACUUCUUCCCUGUUGUGAAAGACCAGUCUCGCAUGGCAGGAUCCACGAAUGUGCCGACGGCGAACACCGCAGUGAGCACUGCCACGAUGAUAACAGGAAUCGCUGCUCUUCCAGCCUCCACAGCUCUCGGGCCCCUGACCGGCUCUCCCGUCCUCAUGGCCCCCAGCAGCCUCAACACUUCAGUGCCUGCAGCCACAGGAGCCGCUCAGUGACGUCCACACACACACACACACACACAACCUGACUGAUCCUGGGACUGUUAUAUAGAGCUCUUCAUCACCCCACACUCACAGUAGCAUGAGUUCAUCUGAAACUGAAUGCACUUCAUCAUGAGACGUUCACCUUACAGGGAUAGUUCACCCAAAAAUUAAAAUAUACCCAUGAUUAACUCAACCUCAAGUCAUCCUAGGUGUAUAUGACAUUCUUCUUUCACACGAAUACAAUCAGAGUUAUAUAAAAAAAAUAGCUCUUCCAAGCUUUAUAAUGGCAGUGAAUUGUUGUUUUUGUUUCGAGGUCCAUAAAAGUGCAUCUAUCCAUCAUAAAAGUGCAUCUAUCCAUCAUAAAAGUGCAUCUAUCCAUCAUAAAAGUGCAUCUAUCCAUGAUAAACGUGCAUCUAUCGAUCAUAAAAGUUCAUCUAUCCAUCAUAAAAGUGCAUCUAUCGAUCAUAAAAGUGCAUCUAUCCAUCAUAAAAGUGCAUCUAUCGAUCAUAAAAGUGCAUUUAUCGAUCAUAAAAGUACAUCUAUCCAUCAUAAAAGUGCAUCUAUCCAUCAUAAAAGUGCAUCUAUCUAUCAUAAAAGUGCAUCUAUCGAUCAUUAAAGUGCAUCUAUCCAUCAUAAAAGUGCAUCUAUCCAUCAUAAAAGUGCAUCUAUCCAUCAUAAAAGUGCAUCUAUCCAUAAAAGUGCAUCUAUCCAUCAUAAAAGUGCAUUUAUCCAUCAUAAAAGUGCAUCUAUCCAUCAUAAAAGUGCAUCUAUCCAUCAUA